UGAAAAAAAAAAAAGAGAGAGAGGGGAGGAGGAUGUGAAGAAGAAGAUGGGUUUAGUGGAAAUCAUGUUGACCCAACACAAACAGUAUCUGCUUCGACGUCACCUCUCUCACCUUAUUCCCUUCGAUUCCCAUUUUCACUUUCUUCUUUUCUAUAUCUCUCUCUGUCUCUCUCUUUGCUUCGCUUCGCUUUCUUCCUCGUAUCCAUUUACAUACACACAGUUCUCCUCUGUUCCUCUAAUCUCUGGUUUGAGUAUUUUCGUCAAUCACAUCUGGGUUUUGGUCCAAUUGAAGGAAUCUGUGAAUCGUCUUCUUGGGUUUUCUGAAUUUAAGAAGAAAGCUUAGUACUUUAGGAUUUUUAUUCACUUAUUGAAUUGUUUAGCUGUAGUUGAAGGAAGCAGAACCUGAUUAUAGAUAUAUAUAUAGUGCUUAACAGUUUUUACUGAUGGAUUCUUGGAGCUACGGGAGAAACGUGUACUUGGAAAAUGGAGCUCUUUUACCUUCUGAUUCUUUUGCUGAGAAUAGAAAAUUUGGACAGAGUCUCUCUAAUGGAUUGGAGAAUGAUGAUCAUGUGUUGAUCUCUGACAUGGCUGGUGAUUCCAAUGGAUACGGUGCUGUUUCCAUUACCAAAGUGGUUCCUUCGAAUUUGUUGCAUGAGGACGAGGAGGAGAAACAGGAGGAAGAGGAGAAACAAUCUUCUUCUUCAAAGUUAACUAGUCAGGAAUUGACUAGGAUAGAUUUUAAACUUAGGAGCUUUUUGGAUUUAGGAAACGAUGAUGAUACCUCCUCUAGAGGUUUUGCUCUGCCAGCUAAAAAGCCUCGAGCUUCAAACCUGUGCUCUCAGAAGCCCUUGUGUCAAGUUUAUGGCUGCAAUAUGGAUCUGACCUCUUCAAAAGAUUACCACAAAAGGCAUAGAGUUUGCGAGACUCAUUCUAAAACUUCUGUGGUCAUAGUUAAUGGUCUUGAGCAGAGGUUUUGUCAACAGUGCAGCAGGUUUCAUUUCCUCUCAGAGUUUGAUGAUGGCAAAAGAAGUUGCAGAAGGCGAUUAGCCGGACACAAUGAGCGACGAAGGAAACCUGCUUUCUAUUUUUUACCCGGGAAGCGCCAUAAGCUUCUUCGCACCUCUCAAGGUGUGGUUGGCAAUUCAUCAGUCAGUGACUUCUCGUUGGUCUUGCCAGAAGAGUUUCCCAGUACUUUCUUAUACCGGGUACUGGAUGAGCACGACCACCGUGCCAGUAGACUUGUGAGUUUCAAAGAUGAACCUACUUGCUCUAUGUUUCCUGCGAUUGGGCAAAACAGCAGCAGUAUUUAUGAGUCUAAACCAGCGAUUUAUUCUCCGGAAGUAUCCUCUAUUUGGGACUUACAUGAGUCGGCGUCACGGUCUACUUGUGCUCUCUCUCUUCUGUCAGCUCAGUCCCAACAAAACAUCCCUGAAAUUCCAAACACAACUUUCUCAAUCACCCAACCCAACCAAAAUCCCAAUCACUCACCAGUAGACUAUAAUCAAAUGCAACGGUUAUGGAUCGAUCCUAGUAAGACCAAUUCUGCUGGGUCUAGUUCAUGUACACUAAAAGGAUCAUCCACAGUUGAUCUACUGCAACUGUCAUCACAUCUUCAAAGAAUCGAACAACAGAGGAAUUAUACUGAUGAUGUGAAGCAGGAAUAUAAUGAGCUUUAUUUCACUGGCUCCUAAAAAAAGGUGACAACAUUCUUAUUCCUUUGCAACCGGUUCAAGUUUCUUGAUACAGUUCUGGAGAAGGGACAAGUCUUGCAUGGUUUGAUUAGUUUUGUACGUAAUUAUUGGAUUGGUGAGAUAAUUAGAUUAGAGGAAUGAAGAUCAGAUCAUGCUACAAGUGUUAUUGUAAUUUGUAACUGUUCUUGUUUAUUAUUCACCAGUCAAUAAAUGUUCUGAGGAAAAAUAGCUUCAGAUAUCUAUGCCUGCUUCUUUUUCACA